GCUUCCUCUACUUCCGGGAAACACAAUCCGCAAUUCACCAAGAUGGCGACAUUGGUAGUAAGCCAGCCACCGGUCGGGGGUUUCAGUUUCGAAAACUGCAAGAGAAAUGCAUUUUUGGAAGGUGAAGCUAACAAAGUGGGAAGCAGCUUGCCUGCCGCUCGGAAAACAGGAACUACCAUCUGUGGCGUUGUCUACAAGGAUGGUGUCGUCCUCGGAGCUGACACCAGAGCCACCGAGGGCAUGAUAGUGGCAGACAAGAACUGCUCCAAGAUCCACUUCAUCUCCCCCAACAUUUACUGCUGCGGGGCAGGAACAGCUGCAGACACAGAGAUGACCACUCAGAUCAUCUCCUCCAACCUGGAGCUGCACGCCCUCUCCACGGGCCGCCUGCCACGCUUGGCCACCGCCAACCGCAUGCUGAAGCAAAUGCUCUUCAGGUAUCAGGGCUACAUCAGUGCUGCUCUGGUCCUGGGUGGAGUGGACUGUAACGGUCCUCACCUCUACAGCAUCUACCCUCACGGCUCCACUGACAAGCUGCCCUACGUCACCAUGGGCUCUGGGUCUCUGGCCGCCAUGGCGGUGUUUGAGGACCGCUACAAGCCUGACAUGGAGGAGGAGGAGGCCAAGCGGCUGGUGCGAGACGCCAUCGCCGCGGGCAUCUUUAACGACCUGGGCUCUGGCAGCAACAUUGACCUGUGCGUCAUCACCAAGGGCAAGCUGGACUACAUCCGGCCCCACGACGAGGCCAACAAGAAGGGGGUCAGAGCUGCCGACUACAAGUACAAAAGAGGAACCACCGGUGUGCUGACGAAGACCGUGACCCCGCUGAACCUGGAGGUCGUGGAGGAAAAUGUACAGACCAUGGACAUCUCCUAAAAUACCUACCACUGUCCCUUAAUGUACCCUUCACAGUUCCUAACACACACGGCAUGUUUUUCCAUGGUUUACAAUAAAGGUGUUUUAGUUGA